CUGGGCUCUUAUCCAUUUGGCAAUGAUCAAACUUGCUCUGAACAAUAUUAAGAACUUUUUCCCCAUUACCGGCUUAGAACUAACUGAGCUUCCCGUCACAUCACCUCUGGGUACCGCUGUGAUUAAAAAUCUGGAGAAUUGGGAACAGAUCCUGCAAGAAAGAAUGGACCGCUUUGAAGGUCCCCCACCAGAUUACAUCAAUACUUGUUUUCACGAACUGGGGAUAGGAGCUGGAGCAGCUGCGGCCCGAAUCAAAGCAAUGGUUGAUCCUGAAAACACACCAUUUAAAUCAAAAGAUUAUUCAGCAUUGCCAGCUAAGAGAUUGUGGCAUUUUCUGGUGAAACAAGAAUUAUUGCAGGAUAUUUUCAUUCGAUACACAUUCACCAAGAAGAGAAAGCAAAGUGAGUCUGUAGAAGACCGCGAGAAGCAUGUCAUAAAACAGAGCAGCCCAGCAGAAGAUGGCAAAGUCAAGGUGGAGGCGGAACUUGGCUAUCCAGGAGGAAGAGCCAAAAUUAUACACAAGGAGUCAGACAUGAUCCUCGCAUUUGCGGUGAAUAAGGCAAACAUCAAUGAGAUCGUUUUAGCUUCCACCCACGAUGUGCAAGAACUGGACGUAUCUGCCCUGUUGGCCGCACAACCCUACAUAUGGAUCGGAGAAGAGUUUGACAAGGAGUCAAAAAGUUCAGACGAUGUUGAUUUUCGUGGCUCCACCACCACGCUUACACAGUCCAGCGCUGCGUCUUUUGCAGUGGCUCAGAUGCAGCACGUUUCAAAUCUGUCCACUUCAUCAAUGCCGUGGUUGGGCAGUGGGCAAACGAGUACUGGAGCUGGCAUACUCAUCAAACGGAACUUGAACAAUGUCAAAAGAAUGACAUCUCACCCGAUCCAUCAAUACUAUCUUACCGGAGCCCAGGAUGGCAGCGUCCGAAUGUUUGAAUGGACCAGACCUCAACAGCUGGUGUGCUUCCGGCAAGCAGGCAACGCCAGGGUUACUCGAAUGUAUUUCAAUCCUCAGGGCAAUAAGUGUGGGGUGGCUGACGGAGAAGGAUUCUUAAGUAUUUGGCAAGUAAACCAAACUUCAAGCAAUCCUAAACCCUAUCUGAGCUGGCAGUGCCACAGCAAAACCACAAGUGACUUUGCCUUCAUUACCUCUUCAAGUCUGGUGGCCACAUCUGGACAGUCUAAUGACAACCGAAAUGUGUGCUUGUGGGACACCUUGGUGUCAUCAUCUAACAACCUCAUACAUGCCUUCACAUGUCAUGAACAUGGCGCCACAGUGCUUCAGUAUGCACCGAAACAUCAGCUGCUGAUUUCCGGAGGCAGGAAAGGCCACAUCUCCAUCUUUGACAUUCGGCAAAGGCAAGCCCUUCAUACAUUUCAGGCACAUGAUUCCGCCAUCAAGGCCCUCGCCUUGGACUCCUCAGAAGAAUGUUUCUGCACAGGUUCUGCAGAAGGCAACGUAAAG